AUGAGUGUUCAGACACCACCCACACUCGAGAAGCUGGCAAUUCAGUCUCUGCUAAGAAAUGAAGAUGUGACCAUGUCCUCUCUGGGAGAGCUGCCUGCUGUCCUCUUCCCAGCAUUGUUCAAGGAGGCCUUCACUGGAAAACACAUCAACCUCAUGAAGGAAAUGGUGGCAGCUUGGCCUUUUUCCUGUCUCCCUGUGGGUGCAUUGAUGAAGACACCUAACCUGGAAACUUUGCAGGCUGUGCUAGAUGGAGUAGACAUGCAACUGACAAGAAAGUUUCACCCCAGGAGAACAAAACUGCAGGUUCUCAACCUGAGAAAUGUGCACCAUGAUUUCUGGAACAUAUGGGCUGGCAGCAGCUGUUCAGCAGAGAACUCAGAAGAAAAGCAAGUAGUGAAAGUGCCUGAUGACUCCCUUGGAGACCCUUUCAAUCACUUACUACCUAAUUUCACAGAAAGACUUGGAUUCCCUAUCCCGAAGUCAAAUCCUAUUUCAGCUAAAACAUUUGGAUUUGAGAGGAGUGGUCUUAUAUGA